AUGGAUACAUGUAAUGAUGAAUUAUUAAUAGAUGAUCAUGAAUCUAUACUAUACCAAGAAUAUCAUUAUAUGACUCAUAUAAAUUCUGAAUGUGAAUUUUACACACAUCAAAAUAAACAACAACAGCAACAACAUCAACAUUCAGAUAAUCCAUUACAUCAUUAUCGUACAAAAUGUGAAACUAUGCAAACUAAUUUAUUGAUGUUUAAUAGAACAAAAGUUUGUGAAAAUCAUGAUUAUUUUAAUCUGGGAUUAAAAAAUAACACAUUUCUCUUACAGAAUACAUUAGAAAAUGUGAAUUGUUCACAUCGAAAUAACGAUACUACUAUACGUAGCACUGAAUUAUUUGAUAUUAAUGAUAAUUUUAAAACAAGUCAUGAUGACAUAUUCAAUACGACUAAUGAAUCAUAUUCAGAAUAUAUUCAUAAUGUUUUUGAUAAAGAUUUUCAAUCUUAUGCUAAGGUGCGUGAAAGACGAAGAAUGUUUAGUAUUAAUUCAGCGUUUGAAGCUUUAAGAUCAUGUUUGCCAACAUUCCCGUAUGAAAGACGAAUAUCUAAGAUUGAUACAUUACGACUUGCUAUUGCGUAUUUGGCAUUGUUGAAAGACUUAUUAGCCAACAUGGAAAUAAUUAAUCCAGAACAAAACAUAGAAAGAGGUCAGCUAGUGAUACAGUUUAUGAUUAAACGUCUAAAUUCAUCUAAAAGACACCAACUUAGUUGGUAUACUAGUGAUUUAAUUGCACGUCUAAAUUGGAUACGUUGGGAUCGACUUGGUUAUAGUGGUACAAUCGACUGGUCAUCUUCAAUUCACUCCGACUACCAUCAGUAA